UGGCGCAUCAGUCAAGGUGAUGUCUAAGUAUCCGGCGUCGGCUGAGCAGAAUUGUUUACAGAUAGAAACGAAAGAUGUAGAAGCUUUAACUGAAGAACGAAUUCGAAAGGAUCAUAGAUUAGACAAUCUUGUUUUGUUAGUAUAUGUUAUCCUAUUAAUCCUGUCUGUUCUGACGAUAUGGAUGUUCAAGCACCGACGCUUGCGUUUUGUUCAUGAAACCGGGUUAUCUGUCAUAUAUGGGCUUAUUGUUGGCGCUGCGAUGCGUUUUGGUGUGACCCAGUCUACAACCUCAUUACUCACGUUUCAACCUGAAAAUGCGACAUGCAAUCUUCCUCCUGAAAAAAUUAUUCUCCGUUUUUCUGUUAAUAAUACAUCAGAAGAGUUGAAAGAAUCACUUUCUUACCAGUAUGCAUUUGAGGGACAAACAUUUGCCGACUCUCCUUCAAACGAUAAGGCAACGUUUGACCCGGAAAUAUUCUUCAAUUUGUUGUUGCCCCCCAUAAUAUUUGCGGCAGGUUAUAGCAUGAAGAGACACUACUUUUUCCGCAAUAUUGGGGCAAUCAUAACAUAUGCGGUUUUUGGAACAUUUUUCUCGGCAUUCAUAAUAGCAGUAAUCUGUUAUGGCUUUACCAGACCAAUAAGUGGACUUAAAGAUCAACUCUACUUUAGUGAUUGUGUUUUAUUCGGAUCUAUGAUUUCUGCCACCGACCCAGUUACUAUUCUAGCUAUUUUUCACGAUCUUGGAGUUGACGUGGAUCUUUAUGCUCUUGUCUUUGGUGAAAGCGUACUUAACGACGCUUUAGCAAUUGGAUUGUCUCAAUCCGUAGAGAAGUAUGGAUCAUUGACAGAUAACAAGACUUUUGAUUCUAAAGCAAUGCUCAGUGCCAUUGGUAAUUUCAUUGGCAUGUUUAGUGGAUCAUUUCUUCUCGGAGUACUUGUUGGAUGCUGUACUUCGCUUCUAACAAAGUUCACACACGUUAAAGAUUUUCCUCUUUUCGAAACUACCUUAUUCGUUUUAAUGUCAUAUAGCUCCUUCCUACUCGCCGAAGCCAUUGGAUUUACAGGAAUUGUUUCAGUCUUGUUCUGUGGCGUGAUCCAAGCACAUUACACUUACAAAAACCUGUCUUCAGAGUCUAAAGCUUGGACUAAACAGGUUAGUCUCUCCUUCACCUCCUUCACCGUCUAUAAUACAAAUGAUAUUAAUCUGACAUUAAUAAAACUAUUUUAUGCUCGUAUUAUAAUGUAUGGGUGCGGAAUUGCUUAA